AACAAAUCGGCACGCAUCUAUAAACUGCGCAAUCUCUAACCUAAUAUUUCGCAAAACUGAAAUUAUCUAUAUAUAUUAAUAAAGAUGAUGUAUUGUUACUGAACGCGUGCACGAAUUCUCACUCGCUAAUCCUUUGUACAAAAAAAGCACGAAAUUCAAGUGAGAUUUGCUGUCAUUUUUUUUCUGUAGACACAUCUUCAUCGUAGAUACAUCUUCGAGCAUAUCUCUAUAGCUUUCAGCGCCAGUCAGAAUUACAACUGUAUGCUACAAUUCUCUCCGGGUUGACAAAAUGUUUUCGAGGAUGUUGCAAAGGCCAUUAAUCGUUACGAUUAAAAAAAGCUCAACCUGCUCGCAAUAUCUCAAUGUCUGGCAAAGAUGUAACUUCUCCUCUCAAAGAAUACCUCCUGAUUUGAAGGAGAAUCAGAAGAAAACUGUUACAUCAUUUCCACCGUUGACAGAACCUAUCCCGAAUUUGCCGAGAGCCGUUUACUCGACUGCAAAAGAGGAGCAUCAAACAACGCAGAUCACAGUUCUAACAAAUGGCUUAAAAGUCGCGUCCGAAAAUAGGUUUGGACAAUUUUGCACCAUAGGUGUCCUUAUUGACUCGGGGCCGCGAUAUGAAGUGGCAUAUCCCAACGGCAUUUCGCACUUUCUUGAAAAGUUAGCAUUUAGUUCUACAAACACAUUUGACAGCAAGGAUAAGAUAAUGCUAGCUCUAGAAAAACAUGGCGGUAUAUGCGAUUGUCAAGCAUCUCGCGACACAUUUGUCUAUGCAGCAUCGGCGGAACGUCGCGGGUUGGAUAUAGUAACUCAAGUUCUAGGUGACAUUGUCUUAAGGCCCCAAAUUACAGAGGAGGAGGUACGAAUUGCCAGACAAACGGUACAUUUUGAAUUGGAAUCUUUACAUACUAGGCCAGAACAAGAGCCUAUAUUGAUGGACAUGAUUCAUUCUGCUGCGUAUAGACAGAACACAUUAGGUUUGCCCAAGAUUUGUCCAGAAAAGAAUAUCGAAAAAAUUGAUAGGAAAAUUUUACAUACAUAUCUCAAGCAUCAUUAUGUACCGAGUAGAAUGGUAGUUGCUGGAGUUGGUGUUGAACAUGAUGACCUGGUCCACGCCGUUACUAAAUAUUUUGUAGAUCAAAAACCUAUCUGGGAGGAACAAUCUGAUCUUAUUCUGCCAAAUAAUGCAAAUACUGUCGAUAUGUCCAUUGCACAAUAUACUGGAGGAUAUGUUUUGGAGGAAUGCAAUGUGCCAAUUUACGCAGGACCCAGUGGCUUGCCCGAAUUAUCACAUGUUGUAAUAGGUUUAGAAGGUUGUUCUCAUCAAGAUUCAGAGUUUGUUGCUAUGUGUGUAUUAAACAUGAUGAUGGGAGGUGGUGGCAGUUUUAGCGCUGGCGGUCCUGGAAAAGGCAUGUACACGCGUUUGUACACCAAUGUGUUGAAUAAGUAUCAUUGGUUGUACAGUGCAACCGCAUACAACCAUGCUUAUGCAGAUACUGGUCUAUUUUGUAUUCACGCCUCAUGCACACCGUCUCAUGUGAAGGAUAUGGUGGAAGUAAUUGUGCAUGAGAUGGUCACCAUGACAAAUGGAAUCUCGGAUAGUGAAUUAGCGAGAGCGAAGAAACAGUUGCAGUCGAUGCUACUUAUGAAUCUGGAACAACGGCCUGUUGUAUUUGAGGAUAUUGGAAGACAGGUCCUAGCGACUGGCUCCAGAAAACGGCCAGAAUAUUUUAUACAAGCCAUUGAUAAAAUAUCUAAGGAUGACAUCAACCGAGUAGCGCGACGUUUAUUGAAAUCGCCACCUUGUUUAGCGGCACGCGGCGAAGUGAAGGCUAUACCUUCCAUGGCGGAUAUUCAAAACGGUUUGCUUGACGCGCAAGGUCGGUUACCCGGUUCUCGUAGUAGAUUAUCACUUUUUCGUUAAAAUCAUGCAUAAAAUAUUUCAACAGUUUUCUCAUCCUAAAUAAAUGUCACUUAUUCGCAGUUAUACAUUAAUAAAACACCAAACGUUCGAUUUCAUAUCGAACUGAACCUUGAAAAUA